CGGACCGAGGGUUCGAGCUGGGGACCCGGACAGGGAAACCGUGCGAGAUCAAAGACGCCCGGGCCAGGUGCCCUGUCGCAGGUACCCCCGGCUCGAGAUGCGGUAGGAACGGCGAGCGCCAGAAGCCCUGUUCCUGGCGCCACCAACCUGUCGCCCAGCCCAUGGCGACCCCCAGCCUGGGGCUGCUCUUGGCGCUUGGCCUGCCGCUGCUGCCGGCCCGCUGGGGCCGGGCCUGGGGGCAAAUCUCAGGAGGCCAUUACUGCUAUCAUCGUGGUCUUCUCCAUCCUGGCUGCCUUGCUUCUGGCUGUGGGGCUGGCACUGUUGGUGCGGAAACUUCGGGAGAAGCGGCAGACAGAGGGCACCUACCGGCCCAGCAGCGAGGAGCAGUUCUCCCACGCAGCCGAGGCCCGGGCCCCCCAGGACUCCAAGGAGACGGUGCGGGGCUGCCUGCCCAUCUAGGUCCCCUUCCUUGCAUCCGUCUCCCUUCCUUGAUGUGUGACCUUAGGGGAAGGCAGAGCCCUCUCUGGGCAGUCAGACCCACCCACUGCUUAAGAAUAGAAUGGAAGAAGGUGAUUUGAAGACUUUGCCCCUGAGAGCAAGGGAGGGUGGGGCUGCUCACUUUUUAUAUAUUUAUAUAAAACUGGUAGUGAGAUAUAAUAAAAGUUUUUGAGCUGGUG